AUGAAACAGCAAUAUUCUUUGGGCCGACUUAUUCGCGAGCGAUACAUCGAGAGUGCCGAACAACCAUUGUUAUCUCCGACAUAUAAUGCAAAAGAAAUAUACGUUCGCAGCACAGACGUUAAUCGAACGUUGGUCAGUGCAAUGUCCAAUUUGGCUGGAAUGUACCCUUACGGUGUUCCCGGAUCAGACUACCCACAUAUUAAGAACGGUAGCUGGCCAGCUCACUGGACUCCAAUACCUGUGCAUACCGUCGAAUUCGAAACAGAUCACGUGAGAUCGGUAACGCAUUGGCAAAAUGUGAUCGCGCGCUACAACUGGAGGAACAAACUCGUUCCAGUAAAUUGUACCAAAAAUAUGCGAUGGAUAAUAAGGUUGGUGGUAAUUGUUUGA